GCAGCUACCGGGCUGAUGAUCGGCUGCCUGAUCUACCCCGACGGCUGGGACUCGAGCGAGGUGAAGCGCAUGUGCGGGGACAAGACGGACAAGUACACGCUGGGCGCCUGCACCGUGCGCUGGGCGUACAUCCUCUGCAUCAUCGGCAUCCUCGAUGCUCUCAUACUCUCCUUCCUGGCCUUUGUCUUGGGGAACCGGCAGGACAACCUCCUCCCGUCUGAUUUUAAAGUGGAAAAUAAAGGUAAAGGCAGCUGGAGCUGA